AGCUGUUCAUUUGUCGGAAUUGUCGAUAUCGGACCACUAUAUCAUAUGGUUGCCAUUGAAACUGAACGAUCAAAAUCAAGUUCUUGUAUGGAAAACUUUUUUAUUUGACAAGAUAUUAUCACGAAAAUUAGCAUGGAUAAUUACCCAGGACAAUGGAAGAAACUCUAAACAAACUUUUCCGAUCGGACUACUAUAGCUUAAAGCUGACAUACACACUGACCGAUCAAAAUCAAGGUAAAGAUCUUUCUUGAUUACCCUUUAUACGAUAAGAAAUGGACCUGUGAAGAGUAUUAUAGCUUCGUUGCAGCCAAGUUAACUUUUUUCUUAUUUUAAUAUUAUUUAUACAUUGAAAUUUUUGAAUUUUGUCAUACAUAAACCCUGCAACUGACAUUUAUGUACAUCUAUAUUGUUUGUUUAAACAUUUCAUAUAGUAAAUCAAUCAAAACACCGAAAAAAAGAUUGAGACAAAAUUAUUUUGUAAAAAAAAAACAUUUUGGAUUAUCAAAGAAAUUUAUAAUACAAAUUUUAGUUUAUAUAGAAAUAAUCCGCGAUGAGUGAAGAUGUGCCAGACACUGAAAUAAUACAGGCAGCAAACGUUGGGCCUAAACAACCUACAACAGUAAUUGAUCCGCAACAAAUUCAAGAGCUCAAAGAUAUAGCGAAUCGUUUGCGUUUACAUGCAAUUAGGUCUACACAAGCAUCCAAAUCAGGCCAUCCCACAUCCUGCUCAUCAAUUGCCGAUAUACUUGCCGUAUUGUUUUUUAAUGUAAUGCGUUUAGACAUUAAAGAACCACGCAAUCCGGCUAGUGAUCGACUGGUGCUAUCGAAAGGGCAUGCUGCACCCAUACUCUAUGCAGCAUGGGCGGAAGCUGGACUAUUUCCUACCGAUGAACUUCUAAAUUUACGUAAAAUUGAUUCGGAUCUUGAAGGGCAUCCCACACCUCGUUUAAAUUUUAUUGAUGUUGGCACCGGUUCUUUGGGUCAAGGUGUAGCAGUAGCGUCUGGUAUGGCAUAUAUUGGAAAGAAUAUUGAUAAAAGCGAUUAUAGGACCUACUGUAUCGUUGGUGAUGGUGAAUCGGCAGAGGGUUCAAUAUGGGAAUCUUUAAAUUUUGCCAGUUUUUACAAUUUAGAUAAUCUUUGUGUAAUAUUUGACGUGAAUCGCUUGGGACAAUCUGAUCCGACACAGCUGCAGCAUAAUAUGGAUGUGUAUGAAAAACGUUUGGAUGCAUUCGGUUUCAAUGCAAUUGUUGUGGAUGGUCACAAUAUUGAAGAACUGAUGAAUGCCUUUGACAAGGCAGCCAGUACGAAGGGCAAACCGACGGCCGUCAUUGCGAAAACAUUUAAAGGUAAAGGAUUUCCCGGAAUUGAGAAUGAAGAAAAUUGGCAUGGUAAACCUUUAGGUGAUAAGGCAUGCGAAGUUAUAAGAAGAUUAGAAUAUGCGAUUGUUAAUCGCUCACCAUGCCCAGUGGCGUUAACACCAAAAUCGAAUGAUGGAAUGACUGUGCCUGAGGUCAAUAUAGAUAACGUUAAACUAUCCACCCCACCAUCAUACAAAUUGGGGGAACAGGUGGCAACACGUGUCGCUUAUGGCAAAGCGCUGGCCAAAAUGGCGGAAGGAUGUGAUCGUGUUAUAGCUCUUGAUGGCGAUACAAAGAACUCCACCUAUUCUGAGAAACUGAAGCAACAAUUUCCUGAACGUUUCAUCGAAUGUUACAUUGCCGAGCAAAAUUUGGUUGGAGUAGCCAUUGGUGCCAUGUGCCGUAAUCGCACAAUCGCUUUUGCCUCGACCUUUGCCGCUUUCCUAACACGUGCUUUCGAUCAAGUUCGCAUGGGUGCUAUCUCUCAGACUAACGCCAAUUUUUGUGGUUCACAUUGUGGCAUAAGUAUCGGUGAGGAUGGUCCCUCACAAAUGGCUCUUGAGGAUAUUGCCAUGUUUCGCGCAAUACCAGGCAGCACCGUCUUCUAUCCAUCGGAUGCAGUUAGCUGUGAACGCGCCGUGGAAUUGGCAGCAAAUACGUCAGGUAUAUGCUUCAUACGCACCUCUAGACCGAGUACAGCCGUUAUUUACAAAAACGAGGAGGUAUUCCAAGUGGGCAUUGGUAAAGUGAUAAAACAAUCGCGCAAGGAUAAAGUGCUUUUGGUAGGCGCGGGUAUAACGUUAUAUGAAUGCCUGUCGGCUGCCGCAGAUCUGGAGAAAAUUGGCAUAAAAGUCCGUGUUGUUGAUCCUUUCACUAUAAAACCGUUGGAUGCCGGACUGAUAAUGGCAAACGCCCGUGCAUGUGGUGGACGCAUCAUUGUCGUUGAGGAUCAUUACCAAGAAGGCGGUUUAGGGGAAGCUGUACUAAGUGCGCUGGCUAUGGAACGCAAUGUGGAGGUGAAACAUUUACAUGUACCACAUGUACCACGGUCUGGACCGCCAACUGUGCUAAUAGAUAAAUUUGGCAUAUCAGCACGUCAUAUUAUAGAGGCUGUGUCCAAUUAUAUGGAAUGCAGGUGUACAUCCAAUCUCGAGGAUUAGAAAAAAAAAUUUAAAAAAGUUCGAUUACCGAUAUUUUGUUUAGGUAAUAUGGUAUAUAGGUCGAAAAAUUUCCAAAAUGUAAUUUGAUUGAAAGAAUGUAUAUAUCUAAGUUUUCAGCUUUGAAUUUAUAGAAUACACAAAUAUAAAUUUAUAAUUUAAAGCAUUAAAGAAAAAAGUUCACAAUUUUAAUAUUGGCAAC